GUGGUGCUAUCAGCCACAGGAAGCACGGGUUUCCUCUGCUGUCUGGCCUGUGCUCUCGUCUGCUGCUGCUGCUGUUACGUCUCAUAGACCACGCUGGGUGUCCUGCCCACCUACUGCCUCACUUAUGGCCACAGAGAAGCCCAAGGUUUUGGUUCUGGGAGGAUGUGGCUUUAUUGGGCGACAUAUUGUGGCAGAGCUUGUGGUUAAAGAUGUAACCUCGACAUUAUGUGUAGUAGACAAGGUACCUCCUCAGAUUGCCUGGCUUAAUGAACAGCAAGCUAAAAUUUUCAAUGAUGAUGUUGUGACAUUCAGAAGUGCUAAUUUAAUUAAUCCAGCAUCAUGUGCAGCAGCAUUUGGAGAAGAGGAAUGGGACUGGGUUAUAAAUGCUGCUGGAGAAACAAAAACUGGACAGGUAGAGGCUGUGUAUCAGGAGGGAAUUGUUCGUCUCUCGACCAACUGUGCCAAUGAGGCAGCAAAGAGGAAAGUGAAGGUUUAUCUGGAAGUUUCUGCUGGAAGCAUGUUUUCUGAUGAAAAGGUAGCACACAAAGAGAGUGAUGACUGUAAUCCUUGGACUGUGACAUCAAAAUGCAAGCUUCAGGUAGAAAAGGAAAUCAAGAGUAUUCCGGACCUCAAUUGGAUUAUUUUACGACCUGCAAUAGUGUAUGGAGUGUCCGACAGGUUGGGCCUAACUCCACGUUUGGUAUUUGGAGCUGUUUACCGCCAUCUUGGUGAGACUAUGAAAAUGCUGUGGGAUGAAAACCUUAAAACCAAUACUGUUCAUGUAAAGGAUGUUGCAAGGGCCAUAUUGUGGCUGUGUCAAAAUGGAAAAACUGGCCAUAUAUAUAAUGUUGUGGAUGAUGCCAACACUAAACAAGGGGACAUAAGCAACAUUGUGUCAGACAUCUUCAAUAUUAAUCAUGAUUAUUAUGGAAAUACUUUGUCAUCAAUUGCUAAGACCGACACUACUGGACUUGUCAAUGAAAUAAAUGAGAAGCAUCUCAUUCCUUGGGCAGCCCUGUGCUCAGCUGGAGGUCUGGACAACACACCAUUGACUCCUUAUAUUGACCAGCAUUCUGUGCACCAUAACCAUCUACACCUUGAUGGGUCCAAACUUCGAGCAGAAGGCUUCACAUAUUCUGUACCAAAACCUAGUCGGGAAAAUCUACUAGAGGUGUUGAAGGAUUUUGUGACCAUGAAGAUCUUUCCAGCAAGUGCUCUACCGUCACAAUAACUGAGUGGUAAAACCCACCCAGUUAUAUGUAGUGAUAAGUGAUUUGGCUGCAAUAACAAACAUAACAAAUGUUUAGUGAGAGAGAGAGAUUACAGUGUACAUAAAGUAGUAUGAAGAAAAUGUGAGAGAACUGGAUAAAUUUUUAUACAGUCAUAAAGAUCAUUAGUUAGAGAACUAGGCAGACUAGAUAGCUGUGUGCUUGUAACACAUUUUAAGUACUCGAACUAAAACAGAUUUGAUGAUAUAUUUUAACCAUAUGUGGAAUAUCAUUACAGUAAUAGUAAAUUAUAAGGAGAUAUUGGGUUGAUGUAGAGUAGUUACCAUUCAUUAUAAUAACUUUAGAAAAAAGUAAACAAAAUGUCUGCCUUCAAAUUAGUUUGGCAACUUUAAAAGCGGUAAGACAAUUUUAAGUGUCAUAAUGACAUACAAACACAAUACCAGAAGCACUUUUUUGCUGCUUUUUUAUUGUUAUAUUCUUCUUAGUUUGAUCCUUAUUGUAGUAUAUUGCUAUUAAAGCCCUCUCCUUUAAAAAGACGAAUGAGAAGCAAAUGACCUUAAAUAAUUUUGGGAGUACUCUACAUAUAGUCAGUUUUUAAGAAGAAAAUAAUUACAGUUUCUAAUUUCAUUACAUUUUCCUCUUUGAUUAUAAUUGUAGAAUUUACAUUUUGAUGUAGUUUAUAAAGUGUACAGUACAAGAUAUUAAUUUCUUCAAUAAAUGGCAUAUGUUUGUUACACUUGAAUACAGUUUGUGAUAUGAUAUUGUAUAUGAUGUGGGAAACAGACUAUAGCCUCGUUGUUGUUUCAGUCUAAUAUUCAUAGCCAAGUAAUUUGCAGUAAUCUGAUGUUAGUCAUUUAUCCAAGAAAAUUGCUUGUGCAUCAAUGGAAAACAAAAUUUAAGUUAAUUUUUUUCAUUUCAAACUGAUCAUUUUGCUCUUAUAAUUUACCUCCCAUUCAAGAAAUUUGCACAAUUUGAACUCUUGAUUAAAAUUAUUGCUUUGCUAAGCAUGAUGGUGCUAGGUUGGAUCUGAAGGUGAUGUUGGCAUUCCUUUCUGGCUGACUUUAUGGUGUCUUUCAUUGCCUUUUCAUAAGAAUAAAUAUACAUAAAAGUAACAGGUAGAAAUGGCCAAUAGGGCUUCGGUGAUGUGAUGUAUUUUUAUAUAAAAAACAUGGACAAACACUUGCACAAAUUGAGAAGAUCCAGAGAUUGCCAUAGUUGCUCAAGGCUCAUUAAGGUAGUCAGCAGAGUGCUGUGAGCCAUUUCCCAUUGGCAACACUUCUCUGGAGUUUGUUUAUAGAGAAUAUCUCCGUGGUGAGCUGCUGCUUGGUGAUGCUUACCCUUGGUGAGCUUCCUCUUGGUGGCGUUUACCUGUGGUGAGCUUCCUCUUGGUGGCGUUUACCUGUGGUGAGCUUCCUCUUGGUGGCGUUUACCUGUGGUGAGCUUCCUCUUGGUGGCGUUUACCUGUGGUGAGCUUCCUCUUGGUGGCGUUUACCUGUGGUGAGCUUCCUCUUGGUGGCGUUUACCUGUGGUGAGCUUCCUCUUGGUGGCGUUUACCUGAGGUGAGUUUCCUCUUGGUGGCGUUUACCUGAGGAGAGCUUCCUCUUGGUAAUGUUUACCUUUCAUUUUCUUUAUGGUACGUGCAGUUUCUGUGAAGGAUUUCUUCCCCCAAUGACUGCACGAGUGGUAAUGUUGAGAGAUGCGUCACAGUGGUAUGUUGUUAUUUAUUUGGCAUGGCUUGGACUAGUUGCUGUUUUCAGUUGAUGCCUUUAGGGAGCUACAUUUUGGUGGUGUUGACUGUUGGUGAGCUGCAUUUUGGUGUGCUUUCUCUUGGUGACGUUCACUUUUGGCGAGCUUUCUCUGGUGUUGCUUCCAUUUCUGGACUUAUUAUGGAUAUAUUUCAGUAGAGAUUUCAUUCCUGGUGCUGCAUGCUUAACAUCUGGAAAGCAUUAUACCUUACCAUAAGCUAAGGUAAGGUAUAAUACUUUACCCUGGAGAUCAUUCUACUGAUAGUUCCUUUGGACUUGCCAAAUUGUGAUAUACAGUAUUUCUGUAGAUUGUCCUGGUAAUGAGUAUCUCUGAAGGUCUUCAGCUGAUUCUGCCCUUAGGAGGUCUUCCUGUACAUGUUCCUCUUGUGAUCUUACUAUGCGUUAUAUUUCCCAUUUGAGACCACUUAUUAACUCGUGCUCCCUUGGGACCACCUCACUAUUAACUAGUGCUCCCUUGAGACCACCUCACUAUUAACUCGUGCUCUCUUGGGACCACCUCACUAUUAACUAGUGCCCCCUUGAGACCACCUCACUAUUAACUCGUGCUCCCUUGGGACCACCUCACUAUUAACUCGUGCUCCCUUGGGACCACCUCACUACCUGUAUUAACUAGUGCCCCCUUGAGACCACCUCACUAUUAAUUCGUGCUCCCUUGGGACCACCUCACUAUUAAUUCGUGCUCCCUUGGGACCACCUCACUAUUAACUAGUGCCCCCUUGAGACCACCUCACUAUUAACUCGUGCUCCCUUGGGACCACCUCAUUAUUAACUCGUGCUCCCUUGGGACCACCUCAUUAUUAACUCGUGCUCCCUUGGGACCACCUCACUAUCAACUUGUGCUCCCUUGAGACCACCUCUCUAUUAACUCGUGUCCUCUUGGGACCACCUCAUUGUUAACUAGUACCACCGAUAACCCCCCCUUCCUCCCCUCCUUCCCCCAACACCCAUAUCUGGAGAGUUUUUUACAAGUAGCUCUUGCAUCUUUGAGGGGUUUCUGAUGUUGACAUUUUUCUUCGAAUAGCUUACAGCUUCUUUGUUGUCAUUUUACUUUUGGAGACUUUCCUACAGGUAACUCUUCCUUUUGCUGGGAAUCCUAUAAGCUACUUGGCUCUCCGAAGAACUUUUUACUUUUCUCUUUGUAGGGCAGUCUACAGGCAACUUGCUUUUGAAGAGCUUUCUACAAAUAACUUUUUUACUGCAGUACGUACUGGUUUCAUACUUAGUGUAAUUAUGUUUAUGAACUGCAAGCUGUACUGUGUUAAUAAUUUGCUAUGAAGUCUUUUUCUAAAGCUUUCUAGGUGCCAUUACAGAGCAUGUAAUAUAUUGAACAUGUUAUACUAAAGUGUUGUAUUUCUUUUAAUAUAUCUCCUGCAGUUUAAUUAACAGCUCUAAAUAAUUAUGUCUAUACUGCCAAGAGCCAUUGAGAUAUUACUUAAUAAGAUUUUACAUUUACGCUACUAAAGUCAUGAGUAGUAAUUCAUUUGACUUUUUCUUGAUGUGUGAGUCCUUUGAUAAUGUUUUGCUAUUUGUUGAGUAUAGUACUAAGGCUCUGGAUUGCCAUCUAGUACACUACUGCUUAAGAUGGGAAAUGUAUCUUAACAUUCCUUUAAGACAUUCUUGCAAAGUUUUGAGCAAACUUAUUGGCAAUAGUCAAAAGGCAUCUUAAUGUUGAGGACCCCAACAUACAUAUUUGACAUAUUUUUAAAGUGAUACACACAGGAAGCACUUCACAUCAAGUUAUAUGAAGUAGUUUGGCAUCGCAGUGUAUGGAUUGUGAGACUAGGAUUACUGUAUACAUAAUGCGUAUGUAGUGUAGCAAAUGGAUGGGGUUAUUUUUAUUAUCUCUCUUAAACUUUUCUUGUAUGCUUUUCUUCUUCCAGGCUGAAAAAUAAUUUUUUCUAUAUUUGAAGUGAAUUUGUCUAAAAGUUUGUGCAGUCAAGUGAUUGUGCUUGCGGGGGUUGAACUUUGACUCUUUGGUCUCGGUGUUGAUAAGCAGAUCUGUAAACAGUGAUGUUAGAAUACAGUUACUAAUUUUAUUAAGUAAGUUUUAUUCUAAAAUUGUAAUAUGUUCCAACAUUGAGUUGUAUAUUGCAAUAAUUAGGUAGGUGAUAUUCUACAUGAAGGAUAAAUUGAGUAAAUAUGUGCACUCGGUAUUUACAUUUAUAUUUUGCCAUAUAACUUAAGGUACUGUUAUUUCUUCACGAUUUCUAAUUAUAAGCACAAGUUUGAAGAUUAAUAAGCCAUAUCUUUAGUGGGAAUAAGGUUUUUUCUCUCAAGUAUUUGUGGUAAACAUAAUGUGAUUUCUAUCUAAGCAAAACAGUUUGACAUUGUGAAAUGUUUGUACGUUGUUGAACAGUAAAUAUUGAUUUAAACAAAAAUCUAUCUUCAUAAGUACUAAAAACUGCCGACAGAUUAAUUAACAAAGGUUACCCGGAUUUUACUGUUAUUAGAAAAAAGUUCUUUAUUUUUUAUAAUUAAACUAUAGUACUUAGUUGCCCAAUGGGUACGUGGCCAAAGAAUAUGAGAGAUUUUGAAUAGGUGUGUAAAUGAUGGUAAUGUAAAAUGAUGGUUCUUGGCUUUUUACCCAAGUACUCUUGGUCAUGUGUUUGACUUCGUGGGAGGACAGUAAUAUUACAAGGUUGAAUUGUCAAUGUAGCAAGUACUGUAUAUAUGUACUCUUAUGUAUACACUACAUAAGAAAUUUGCUGAAAUACUGUUCAAUGUUAGAUUGGCUAGAAAUUCAAAACUUCAAAUCCCACAAGGUGCAAAUGUAAAUGUUUAGGUGGAAAAACUAAACAAGAAUUUUUGAGUGAUUUAAGAGAAAUUUGUCACUUGAAAUAAUAAUGCAUUUUAUUUUCCGUUUCCUUGUGUGUCAAGGACUAUGGAGUGUACCUUGUAUUUAUCAAAUAUACAGUAGAGUUAGUUGGAACCAUUCAGCUCAGUUGAUUGUUUUAUGUUUUAAUCAUAUGGUUUGCUCAAACGAGGGUACUCUCAACUUUUAUUGAAAGUAUGAUAAUUUAGUAUGUAAUGAUAAAAGGACAACAGAGAUCUGAUAUAGCUUAAAUUCCUUAAAGUUAUCCUUUUAUUCUGGUACUAAAAACCAGCAAUUUCCAGUACUGUACCUAAUUUAAAAAAAAAAUGGUUUGCUGCAAUUUUUUUUUUUUACUUCAACUUUUCAAUGCCUCAUUUGUUUGAGGCAUUAAAAAUAAGUAAAUCCUUUUGAAUUUUCUUAAGCAAUACCAGUAAUAGCUAUAGAGUAUUAUAUAAUUGGUUUAUUAAUGUUUAUCAUUCUCUGAGCUUGAUAUUACAAAAUAAAGGUCAGUGUAAUGCUGAAAGAAUUUCUUCCCAAUGAUAGGUGACAUUCUGUGACAAAUGCUGGUAAGUAAUACUAUACAGUACAGUAUUACUAAAAGCUAAAUGUGUGAUAACAUGUGCCAUAGAAUACAACAGUGACAUUCCCUCAUCGUGAUAAUUUGCUGUGCCUUUGUGCUCGUGUCAUUGUCCGUGUUAAGCCUGUUUGAGAUCAUUCUUUGCUCUAAUUGAUAGUUGAAGUUCUUUGUGUACUUAAAUCUUGCUUUAAUAUAUUUUUUUCACUGCAUGUAAAAUAAUUGUAUGUAGUGUACUAGUAACUUGGUGUCCUAUGAAGACAUGUUGUCAAAGUGAUAUUAAUUUUGUCAAGUUGAAUCUCAAUUAUUAUUAUUACUGGGUAGUUUGCAUAUCUUGUUCAAGAGAAAAGUUUACUUGUCAUCGCUAUACACACUUCAUUUAGAUAUGGUAUUCACUAUGUAAUAAUUUUGUUAUUAAAUGUACCUUUAUUACCUAAAAAAUGGAAAUCUUCAAUAAAAUAAGAUUUACAAAUGAUUAUCUGUGUGUAGUAUAGUACCGAUACUUUUAACAUAAUUAAAAAUUUGUUGUAUGGUGCCCCUCUGAGGGUUAAAGUUGUGUUUAUUAGUAAGCUGCAACAUAAAUUCCUGAACUAAAUACCUCUUAUGCUAAAUGCUUGUCUUAGUCAUGUGAGAAAAUAUCUUUGACAUGCAACACUUUUCCUAUUACCUGUGAUUCCAUAUUUUUAAUGGUUUUGGACUAUAUAACUAUAGUACUGUAUGUAUAUUAUUGUAAUUUUUAACAAUGCCCAGUUCAUAUGCAUCACUGCCCCUAGCCAGUCAAAUCAAAGUUCAAUUGUGGAAAGGAGCAGUGCAUAUAAAAUUUAUAUAUAUAUAAUCUCAUUACAUACAUAAAUACACAUGCCAUUAAACACAACAGCAUUGACAUUAAUUUUCUUUUGGAUAUUUUCCUUCCUACACAAGUAUCUUCUACCCUCUGGAGGGUGAGGAAAUGCUAGAUCGAUUAAUCUUUCCAUUUUUACUGUUCGAUGUUUUGUCAGCAAUGUGACAUCUUCAGGAGUAUACUGUUGAACUGACAUAGAUAUACAGUACUAAGCUUGCAAGGAAAAAUCUGGACAUAUAUAUGUAUGGGUACACCUUGCCCCCUUAAUCGUAGAGAGCGGCAAAGGAUAGGGUAAGGUGAUUGUUGCCCGACUCCUGCUUAUAGCUGUCGGCCAGGUCUUGCAUCCUCCCUCUAGAUCAAUGGAGGACCGUUGAACAGCUGCAUGCUCGAAGUCGAAUUCAUCUGGAUGUUGAUUACUGGAGGUAGCUCCUGAAUGAACACAGCCUCAAGCAUACGAAGCCCCCUACGGUUGUCGGUGCGUGUGAUUACUGUCGUAGCUUUCACCAUGUCUUGGCGAUUCAGGAUGGUGUUGUGGUAUUGAGAAUGAUGUUGCUUAAUACAUCUGUCUUGCAAAUGAAGUGCAAGACAUCUACUCAAUGUAUUCGUGGUACAGUAUGUCCAAUGUAGCAUAUAUUUCAGAGUGCACAGUCUCCAGAGCUGCAUUUGUAUUGAUACACUGCCUCCUUUGACAAACUGAGGUGUACUAAUGUAGUAUAUCAAUACAAAUGCAGCUCUGGAGACUUUGCACUCCAAAUUAACAAGACCAUCACUUAAAGUUCCAAAUUCUGCCAUGGUAAGGAAGAGAAUCGGUAGUGGAGUUUGCAGUAUGACAAGUUUCUUUACUUGAAGUAUUGUUUUAAAUCUAUUAGUGAACUGUUUUCUUGUUAAUCUCUAGUCUUAAGUUAGAGCAAUGCAAUUUAAAUAAAAUGUGGCUUUAGA